UUGCUGGCUCUUUGCUGUCCUUAUCUCGCAUUUCCUGGCCAUUGCCCGCCUCCCAGGACCCCAGGGGGAGAAAGGGUGUGAGUUGUUUAGUCUGGGAUGGAGUAAGGAGCUGAGCUGAGCUGAGCUGAGCAAUUCACCCACACAGCUCAGAGAGGCUACAGCCUACCCCAGCACAAGGGAGCUGUCCGUGGUCCUGGAAGGACACUCUCCUGCUCCCUUGGUCAGUAAGGAAAUCAAAGCUCAAGAAACUACCAGUCUGUUCUCAGCCUGACAGUGCAUCUACUGAGGCACCUAUGAGAGAAAUUGCUGCCCUCAUCUAGCUAACAGUGAGGAAUGAUCUGGAGUUGGCAUGUAUCACCACUAGAGCAGCUCCCAGAGGUCCUCUCUGUGCCAGGGUGGCAUUGCCAGGCCUGGCAUCUGUUUCUUUGGGGCUGAAUCUCCUUCCUAUCUUCUGUUCUGAACCCCCCGGAGAAGUCACCCAUCCCUUCCUCAGAGCGAGAGAGUGAGAAUAGAAAUGAAUCACACCAUGCCCUAGAAAUUGGGAUUGGAAUGAAUAGAUGCCACCAGAUGCUCUAAACCAGUUGAUAUCCUAGACUAAUUACUCAAACACCAAAGAACCAAUCCUUCUCCUGAGUCUGGCUCAUACAAGUCCAGCUCCAACAGUAUUCAUCUUCUUAACUCCCUUUUUUGAGGUCCAGAGAGUGUCCCUCUCUGGGGAAAAAGCCUCUGGUCACCAAGGCUUGCACUCAUUGGACCAGAUACUCUGAAGCUACAAUGGAAGACCACAUGUUUAGUGUUCAACAAAUUCAACCCAAUGUCAUUUCUGUGAGGCUGUUCAAACGCAAAGUGGGAGGCUUGGGCUUCCUGGUGAAAGAACGGGUUAGUAAGCCCCCAGUGAUCAUCUCUGACCUGAUCCGGGGUGGAGCAGCUGAACAGAGUGGUCUUAUUCAAGCGGGCGAUAUCAUCCUUGCAGUCAAUGGCCGGCCCUUGGUGGACAUGAGCUACGAUGGUGCCCUAGAGGUUCUACGGAGCAUUGCCUCAGAGACUCAUGUGGUCCUCAUCCUGAGGGGUCCCGAGGGCUUCACGACUCACCUGGAGACUACAUUCACUGGUGAUGGGACACCCAAGACCAUCCGAGUGACCCGACCCUUGGGCUCGGCCUCCAAAGUGGUGGAACUGUCCCACCAGGCCGUGCCCAGCAAAGAUCAGCCCCCAGGGCCAGGUGGUGCUGAGGCCCUCCGGAACAUGCCUCAGCAUCCCAGGGAAAAUGGCCAAGAAGACAAUUCCCUGGCACAAACCAACGGCAUGGUACCUGACCAGAAGGGUGCAGACCCCACAAAGAAAAGUGCCCUGGCUGGACUGCACAGUGGUGGGGAAAGCAAUGACCUUCUCCAGGAGAUUCAGCCCGUGCUGAACCUGCUGGCUAGUGGCAAGAAAGAGAUCAAUGGAGGGGAGCCACACAAAGUGGAGACAAGGGAUGCAGAAGUCCAGGCAGACAGAGACUUGGAAGGAAAGUCUCACAAGCCUCUGCCACUUGGAAUGGAGAAUGACCGUGUCUUCAAUGACUUGUGGGGGAAGAACAAUAUGCCUGUUGUCUUGAACAACCCAUAUUCAGAAAAAGAACAGCCCCCAAUGUCGGGAAGGCAGUCACCUCCCAAAAAUGGCAGUCCUACCAAAUGUCCUCGCUUUCUCAAAGUCAAGAACUGGGAAACAGAUGUGGUUCUCAAUGACACGCUCCACCUCAAGAGCACCUUGAACACAGCUUGCACGGGGCAGAUCUGCAUGGGUUCCAUCAUGUUCCCCUCCCAACACAUACGGAAGCCUGAGGAUGUCCGGACAAAAGAGCAACUCUUUCCCUUGGCCAAAGAGUUCAUUGAUCAAUACUACUCAUCUAUAAAGAGAUUUGGCUCCAAAGCCCAUACAGAGAGACUGGAAGAAGUGAACAGGGAGAUAGAAACGACCAGCACCUACCAGCUGAAAGACACAGAGCUGAUCUAUGGAGCUAAACAUGCCUGGAGAAAUGCUUCGCGCUGUGUGGGCAGGAUCCAGUGGUCUAAGCUGCAGGUGUUUGAUGCACGAGAUUGUACCACAGCCCACGGGAUGUUCAACUACAUCUGUAAUCACGUUAAGUACGCCACGAACAAAGGGAACCUCAGGUCUGCCAUCACCAUAUUUCCCCAGCGGACAGAUGGUAAGCAUGACUUCAGAGUCUGGAACUCACAGCUCAUCAGAUAUGCAGGCUAUAAGCAGCCUGAUGGCAGCAUCCUAGGAGACCCCGCCAACGUGGAGUUCACAGAUAUCUGCAUUCAGCAAGGCUGGAAGCCCCCAAGAGGACGUUUUGAUGUCCUGCCACUCCUGCUCCAGGCCAAUGGCAAUGACCCUGAGCUGUUCCAGAUUCCUCCAGAGCUGGUUUUGGAAGUGCCCAUCAGACAUCCCAAGUUCACAUGGUUCAAGGAGCUGGGACUGAAGUGGUAUGGUCUGCCAGCUGUAUCCAGCAUGCUCCUGGAAAUCGGAGGCCUUGAGUUCAGCGCUUGCCCAUUCAGUGGCUGGUACAUGGGCACUGAGAUCGGCGUCCGUGAUUACUGUGACAAUUCGCGUUAUAACAUUCUUGAGGAAGUGGCCAAAAAGAUGAAUCUGGACAUGAGGAAAACUUCCUCCCUGUGGAAGGACCAAGCCCUGGUGGAGAUCAACAUUGCUGUGCUCUACAGUUUCCAGAGUGACAAAGUGACAAUUGUCGACCACCAUUCGGCCACCGAGUCCUUCAUCAAGCACAUGGAGAAUGAGUACCGCUGCCGAGGUGGCUGUCCAGCUGACUGGGUCUGGAUUGUCCCACCCAUGUCUGGCAGCAUCACACCUGUCUUCCACCAAGAAAUGCUCAACUAUCGACUCACACCUUCCUUCGAGUACCAGCCGGAUCCAUGGAAUACCCAUGUCUGGAAAGGCACUAAUGGGACCCCCACAAAAAGGAGAGCCAUUGGCUUCAAGAAGCUGGCAGAAGCUGUCAAGUUCUCAGCUAAGCUGAUGGGUCAGGCCAUGGCAAAAAGAGUCAAAGCCACCAUCCUCUAUGCCACCGAGACGGGCAAAUCCCAGGCCUAUGCAAAAACUUUGUGUGAAAUCUUCAAACAUGCCUUUGACGCCAAGGUCAUGUCUAUGGAAGAAUACGAUAUUGUACACCUAGAACACGAGACGCUGGUGUUGGUGGUUACUAGCACCUUUGGCAAUGGAGACCCUCCAGAGAAUGGGGAGAAAUUUGGCUGUGCUUUGAUGGAAAUGAGGCAUCCCAAUUCUGUGCAGGAGGAAAGGAAGUCCCAGGAACCCUUGCGUUUCUUUCCCCGUAGAGGGCCACUAUCUCCCUAUGACCAAACGGAAGUGUAUAACCUGGCUACGGUCCGGGACAGUCAGGACAGGAGCUACAAAGUCCGUUUCAAUAGUGUCUCCUCAUACUCUGAUGCCCGGAAAUCUUCAAGUGAUGGAGCAGACCUGAGAGACAACUUUGAGAGUGCCGGGCCCCUGGCCAAUGUGAGAUUCUCAGUGUUUGGCCUCGGAUCGAGGGCAUACCCCCACUUCUGUGCCUUUGGCCAUGCGGUGGACACCCUCCUAGAGGAGCUUGGAGGGGAGCGCAUCCUGAAGAUGAGGGAAGGGGAUGAGCUAUGUGGUCAGGAAGAAGCCUUCAGAACUUGGGCCAAGAAGGUCUUCAAGGCAGCCUGUGAUGUAUUCUGCGUGGGGGAUGAUGUCAACAUUGAGAAGGCCAACAACUCCCUCAUCAGCAACGACCGAAGUUGGAAGAGGAACAAGUUCCGGCUGACCUAUGUGGCUGAAGCCCCUGAGCUCACCCAAGGUCUCUACAGCAUUCACAAAAAACGAGUGUCCGCUGCCCGGCUCCUCAGUCGUCAGAAUCUUCAGAGCCCUAACUCCAGUCGAUCAACCAUCUUUGUGCGCCUUCACACCAAUGGGAACCAGGAACUACAGUACCAGCCUGGGGACCAUCUCGGUGUGUUUCCCGGCAACCAUGAGGACAUGGUGAAUGCCCUGAUCGAUCGACUCGAGGAUGCCCCUCCUGCCAACCAGCUGGUGAAAGUGGAGCUUCUGGAGGAGAGGAAUACAGCUUUGGGUGUCAUCAGUAACUGGACGGAUGAGCACCGGAUCCCGCCCUGCACCAUCUUCCAGGCCUUUAAGUACUACCUGGACAUCACCACGCCCCCCACACCCUUACAGCUCCAGCAGUUUGCCUCCUUGGCCACCAAUGAGAAGGAGAAGCAGCGACUGCUGGUCCUCAGCAAGGGCUUGCAGGAGUAUGAGGAGUGGAAAUGGGGCAAGAAUCCCACGAUCGUGGAGGCCUUGGAGGAAUUCCCAUCGGUGCAGAUGCCGUCCACUCUGCUGCUGACCCAGCUGUCCCUGCUGCAGCCCCGCUACUACUCCAUCAGCUCCUCGCCGGACAUGUACCCUGAUGAGGUGCACCUGACCGUGGCGGUUGUGUCCUACCGCACCGGAGAUGGGGAAGGACCAAUCCACCACGGGGUCUGUUCUUCUUGGCUCAACCGGAUACAGCCAGAGGAGGUAGUACCCUGUUUUGUCCGAGGAGCUCCCAGCUUCCAUUUGCCCCGGGAUCCCCAGGUGCCCUGCAUCCUGGUUGGCCCAGGCACGGGAAUUGCACCUUUCCGGAGCUUCUGGCAGCAAAGGCUAUUCGAUAUUCAGCAUAAAGGUAUGUCUCCAUGUCCCAUGGUCCUGGUCUUUGGGUGUCGGCAGUCCAAGAUUGACCACAUCUACAAGGAGGAAACCCUACAGGCCAAGAACAAAGGUGUCUUCAGAGAGCUGUACACGGCCUAUUCCCGUGAGCCAGACAAACCAAAGAAAUAUGUACAGGAUGCCUUACAGGAACAGCUGGCAGAGACCGUGUACAGAGCCCUGAAGGAGAAAGGAGGCCACAUCUACGUUUGUGGGGAUGUCACGAUGGCGGCUGAUGUCCUGAAAGCCAUUCAACGCAUCAUGAUUCAGCAGGGAAGGCUCUCAGCAGAGGAGGCUGGGGUGUUCAUUAGCAAACUGAGGGAUGACAAUCGCUACCAUGAAGACAUAUUUGGGGUCACCCUGCGCACGUAUGAAGUGACCAACCGCCUUAGAUCUGAGUCCAUUGCCUUCAUUGAAGAGAGCAAGAAGGACACCGAUGAGGUGUUCAGCUCCUAACCAGGUCCCUUCUGCGCCAUUUGGAUGGAUGCCAGGUUGGGCUGCCUGCCCCCGGGCCUUCUCCAGGCAGAAGGCGAUAGGUUUUGGAAAGAUGGACGCUGCUGACUCUUUCCUAUGGGACUCCCAUGAAAUGCGCACUCCCUCUUGUCCUGUUGUUGCGUCGCGGUUUUUUGUUUGUUUCUCUUCUUUUUGGACUUCGAGUCCCGUGGGGCUUCCUUCCCUUGGCCCCCAUUCGUUUCCUCUUUGAACUUUCCUGCUGCAAUGCAAUGGCUUUUUCUCUGCAGUGGCUCUUAUGAAAUGAUGUUUCUUCUCCCCCUCUUUCCCUCUCUCUCUCUCUCUCUCUCUCUCUUUCUCUAUUCCAAGGGCAUACCACAGCUGCAUGAAAUCACCAGAUCACUCCCGUUUGGCAUUUUCAUGUUGGUUUUCUGGGGUUUCUUUGGAAAGGCAGCAGGGACUGGGGAGGAGAGACUUGCUGUGGGUCUCUUCCUAUGGACAGCCCCCAGCAACUGAAGUCACACGCCAUCUAUUUCUAAAAGUUACUGUCCUUUUUUCGGUGUGCGUGUGCACGCACAUGUGUGUGUAUGUAUAUGUGUGAGGGGCAUGGGUCCUCAUCUGUUCUCCUCUUGCCUGUACAAGCCUAUUGCCUGCAGACCUCCGGUGCAGAGAAAUUGUUUUCCCUUGGCACAUGUUGACUCUUUCUGUGUGCCCGCUCAACAAGGCUGGCAUUGUUUUGUACGAACCAUUUGGGAGCCCCUGGAUUGUCCAGCAUUGGCAUUCAAGUGGUCAGGGUAGCUGUGAUGACUGAGGACGGCAUGUCCCCCAAGUGGGAUUGGAAUCCAUUAGUGUAUAAGCCACCAAGGAACAAAUCCAUCUCAUGAAUUCCAUACACCAUGUUCUUUCUCUCUCUGCUCUGUCCUGACACAUCAUCCAGUUAUGUCCUUCAAACCCUUUCUCAGCUCCACCUGCUACACUGCUCCUGGUUCUGCCACUAUUUGGUAUUGAGAAAACCACUUCCCUUCCCUGGGCCUCAGUUUCAUCCUCUGUGAAAUUGAUGAGAAUUUGUGAGGAAAAAGCUCCUUAGUAUUAUAGUCCUUUGAGCAGAGUUUAUAUGGCCAGACAGUUAAUAAGCAUGUAAAAAGCACCUACUAUGUGCCAGAAAUUAUGUUGUGCACUGCUGGUACAAAGGAGGGCAAACCGGCCCUAGCUUGGUAGAAAUAGGAUAUAAACAGAGCAAAUGAAAACCACUGAUCAGUAAUGUAGAGUCAAGUUAACAAGCAUCUGUUAUGCUCCCCCUAUGUGUCAGACAUUGUGCUAAGUGCUGGGAAUAUAUUGAGAGGCAAAAACACAAACCAACCAACCCAUGAUGCCUCCUCUUAAGGAACUCACAGUCCAAUGGGAAUGCAUUCCAGAGGAAGGGGCUGGCCAAGGCAACUUUUCCUCAAGAGUGUAUGGGGGGGGGGGGAGGGCAGUUAGGUGGUGCAGUGGAUAGAGCACCAGCCCUGGAUUCAGGAGGACCUGAGUUCAAAUCCGGCCUCAGACACUUAACACUUACUAGCUGUGUGACCCUGGGCAAGUCACUUAACACCAAUUGCCUCACUUAAAAAAAUAAAAAUAAAAAAUAAUUUUUAAAAAAAUUGAGAGAAAGAAGGAAUACUUUGCUUCCUCAGCAUGGAAGGAAUAUAGAGGUUGUUUCUUGAGCUCUACGCUCUAUCAGUACAUAUAACUGUUGGUUGGCUUCUGGCUCCAGUGAUGGACUUGUCCCCUCUACCUGAGAUAGAAAUCCUGAAAGGACAGUUAGAAGAGAGGCAGGAUAAAGAGUCACGUCGCUCCUUGACAACAAGACACAGCAGUGGAUUGUGGUAGUCCAAAAAGUGCAGGAGAUGCUGGGUUACUUCAAGAGAGAAGCAGUGGAGAGAACAAAGAAGGUUUUAGUCCUGUUGUCAGUCCUCUGCUGCCCUGGGCAGACCACAUGAGGAGGACUAAGCUGGAGCUUGCCCGCAGGAAGAUGAGCAGAACAUUGAAGGAUCACCAGAUCGAGCACCCAAAGCUCAGUGUAGGACCUAAGGAUGUUUAGAAGAAAAGAUUUAGGCCAGUGUGCACAACUCCUAAGGACAAGAGGACUCAGCUUGGAACUAGGAAUAAUAGAUAGAAGCCCCAAAGAGGUAGAUUUUGAAGUCGGGACAAUGAGACGGAUCCAGAGGCGGUUGCCACCUCACUGAAGGCCUUCAAGCAAAGGCCAGAGGACGCUUGCUAGGGCUGUUGUUGAGGGCAUUCAGGGCCAGGUCAGAGCCAAUGGCCCCAAGAUACCUUCCAGCUCUGAGAUUCUGUGAUUUUAUGCAGAGGAAGAGAUCCAAGGAUGAAUGUGUUCCCUUCAGCAGUUUGACCCUUUGGAUAAGGGGUUCUUUACCUUUCUUGUAAGACUUCUGGCAGUCUUUUGAAACCUAUGGACCCCUUCCGAGGAGCAUAUUCUUAAAUGCAUAAAAGAAUAGAUGUAUGGUUACACACAGGAAACCGAGCAUAUUGAAAUACAGUUACCCAAAUAUUUUUUAAAAGCCAAGUUCAAAGACUCUAGGUUAAGAACUCCUGCCUUAAAGGAUGAAUAAUUCUAUUAGCUGCUUUUGGCAGAAUUACCUUCUCCUGAUCCAGAUUUUAAAAGUCCUUUCUAAGAACUUUUGCUUUCCUGAUUAGUGGAAAGCAAAUGCCUUCGCAUUCCCAGCAGUCCUGACCUCUCCCUGGCUAGGCCUCUAGGUAUAAUUGCCUUCCCCAAAGAAUUAGUAAAGUCUCUGCCUAUUUGUACAUGCUAAUCAGUGUCAGGUGGUACCUGAAAAUCCAAUGGCCUCCCAGGUAAUAAAGCUUCAAAGGCCCUGUUUCAGCCCAACAGAACGAGAGAGAAGCUUCAGUUUCCUACCCAUGCCCUAGCCUUUGGUUUUCUUUAUUAUUUUGGACAAGUAUUAUUUCUUAGAUAGAGCCCUCUCUGACUGAGUGUGGAGACCUGGCAGAUCAAAACCUAUCGGGCCCCCUUGGCCAAGGUUACACAUAGAUGUGAGGCCAGAUAAUCUCAUGGAAACUAGGAGUGCAAAGGCACCUUCUGAUGAGCAAACUUACCCAGGACAGACAGUUGUCCUUCCUCUUUCCUAAGACCGCAAGGGAAGAUGGCGUCACAUAUGGUUCAUGCUACUGUUCUAUCCCCCGGUGGUCAGCAAAAUCUUCCUAGUUUCCAGUCACAAUCUCAAAGCAGUGGAGAGAGCCUCCUCAAACACACCCUAGCUGUGUCAGCCUUGGUAAGUCCCUAAGCUGCUUUCCGAUCCCAUUUCUUCACUUCUAAACUGAGGAUGACAAUAGUACAUCCGACACAGGGUUGUCCUAAAAUGAGAAAAUAUCUCUAAAAUGCUUUGCAACUAAACAAGUCCUGUAAAUAUUAGCAAUGCUUAUUAGCUCUCCUCUUUUCCAUUAAGCCAGUUUCCUCUUAUCCAGUCAAGAGAAUGGCUCAGCAUCCUCCUUGUAAAAAUCCCUCCAAUGAGUUGAAAAUGGUCAUUAAGUCAUCCCUUCACCUUCUUUGAUUAAAAUAACUCUGGCCUGUCUUCUGGCUCCUCCAGGGUCUUUGUUUAUUCCUUAUGCUCUCCCGGGGUGGGGGAAGCUGCUGCCUCUGCCCUACCUCCUCCCUUCCCCUCUAACAGUCUGUCCUCUCUGAUUUCUACCCCUAACUAAGCUUCUUGCUUUCGUGAAUGCUUCUGUCUUUGAUAAAUAUCAUUGGUGAGGAAGGUUGUGGAUGCUGGCACUUAGAGAAAUAAAGAGUCCAAUGAAGAAAGCUCAAUGUGUCUCUAGACACAUUGUCAAUGUAAAGUCAAUCAAUCCCUGGUCCCCGACCCAAGGGACUUUACAGCCACCUGAGCUUAGCGACUAGGACGGAGAUUGACCAGCUGGCACCCUCUAUUUCCGAGCCCUCCUCGGCCUUGAAGAAUCCUAAAACAGUUUUAUCUUCAAACCAGAAUCCUUCUAUGGGUCAUAGGAUUAUGGAUGUACAGUUGGAAGGGGCCUUAGAGGUGGUCCAGUCCAAGCUGCUACAUCCCUCAGAGAGGCAAAGCAGCUGUCCCCAAACAGAAUAAGAAUAUGGUUCAUUGAAGAGCUGCCCUUUCGAUCACAAGAUCAUAACUAAAGCUAGCAGCGACUCAUUUUACAUAUGAGGAAACUGAGGCGGGGAGAUGUUAAGUGACUUACCCAAGCUUACACAGGUGAUGUCGGAGGUGGGAUAUGAACCCAUGCCAUCUGACUCCAAGUCUAGUGCUCUUUUCAUUGUCUCAUGCUAUCUCUGAAACACUAGGUGGAUCCCCUGUGGAAGAAAGAGACCCAGAUCCUUUUACCUUCCUCCCUAUGAGAGACCAUGGACAAUAGUGGUACAACCACAGAUGGGUUGAGAUCUGCAUUGUUGGAGGGGUGUGUCUUUGUGGAGGAGAUGAAAGUGCUAGUUUCACUGAGUAAAUGCUGCCCCCUUGUGGUGGUUCUUAGGAAACUCCUCAAAGUUAUCCAAAACUUUUACGCCUGUAUGUAAUUCCGUCCAAAACUUGCAGAAAUUCACUUUGUGUUUCAAAUAUCUGGUUACCUGGCAACUGAGAGUGGUCCCAUCUGGGGGGUAUUUCUUUCUCUCUAACUUAUUAAUAAAUAGGAUUUAUUAUCCAUAAAUAUUCUAUUGAUAUCGAGAACGAAGUAGAGGACAAGAUCCUUGUCCCUCCAUCCUUAUGCCUUCCCCAAAGAAUAAAGACAGCACCUGAUAUGUAAUCUCAGUUUCUCUUUGAGUUAGUAGAAUGGUUCCUCAGAAGGGUUAAUGAUGCCUAGAUAUAAAUCAGACCUCAGAAAAUUAAUGACCUCAUUCUAAAUAACAGAGAAGGAAAAGAAAUGGAAAAAUGCCUUUCCGAAGGUGGUUGAACUUGAGCCAACCUCACUGGUUUCAAAACCACAUCAACUAGAUGUUUACAUACUCAAUGCUUCUCUCUCUCUCUCUCUCUCUCUCUCUCUCUCUCUCUCUCUCUCUCUCUCUCUCUCUCUCUCUCUCCCCCCCCUCCCUCCUUUCCUCUCUCCCUCCCUUCUUUCUUCCCUCCAACAACCAGACUCCUAGCUUGCAUGCCUUUUCAUACCCUCCUCUUAAAACCUUCCAUAAAGGGUUCAUGCCAACAACCCCAAGAAGUUGCAGGCUGGGGUGGCAGAAGAGAGGUUCUCUAGCCCACAAAAGUUUCCUGAGCACAAGCAUCAUUCACCCUGGCUCUCUGGGCCAUCAUGAGCUUUCCAAACCAUUCUCUGACCACCUAGCUGUCCUCCCUCCAGUCUGAAUGCAAUGAAUGAGUCCAUCAAACUCAGAUGAAAACCUGAGUUUUGGGCCUCCUUCAUCUUUCACCACUGGCUCUUUCAUCAGGUCAUUCCAAGCUCCUAUCUCCAUCUCCCUCCAUAACACUCAAUCCACCUUUUUUUUUUGCCCAUGUAACAUUUGAAUUCUGCUUUCCCCUGAACAUACCCACCCAUCUGAGUGCCUGAUCUGCCCUGACCCUCUUCAGCUUACAGAAAAUCAAGUGAAGGGGAUACUGACCUGAGAUUCUUAAGUUUUAUUCCACACUCCCCAUUAACCCUCUACCUUUGGUAUACCCCUCCUGUUUCCAAACUUCCUGUUUGUUUUGAGAAUGCAAAAGGCCAAAUAGUAGUGACACCCCAAAUAAGACAGGAAGGCCAAAGAGACCCCUCUAGCAACACAGUACAUCAAGGAGGGUCCUCACAGGACAUGGGUACAAGAAAAGACAAUAUAUCCGGGCGUUCUAGCCUUCUUUCUUCUUCAGGACCCUUCAAGUCACUGCACAGUUUGCUUCUGGUGACAAGUGGUUGGGAUGACAAAAGCAUUGGUUAUGAUGCUGUCUGACCCCCAAAUGUUUCUGUACUCAUGGCCCAGAAGGUUGAAGGGAAGCUGGAUAUGUCUUGAUCUUGGGGAAACAGACAAUCUGAUCUUUCUUCCAAAGGUCAGAACUAGAGACAAGAGAAGAUGGAGGAAAGAGAGAAUAAAUGUGUUUCCCUUUAACCUCAGAUGCCCAUUUAAAUAUCUCCAUUUCCAUCUGCCUGGCCCUGACAUAGAACCCAGGCUGCCUUUGUAGACAAAGCCCAAUCUGACCAGCCCCUCACAACCAGCUUGCUUUAAGUCAAAGCUGAGCAUUAGACUGCGAGGGCCUUAGGCUCAGUUCUGUAGUUGGAUCAAAUGCCUCCAUGGGGCCUUCUUACUGAGCUCCUCAUGGAUGCUUUCUGAAAUUUUACAAUGGCCCGAGUUGUCCUUAAGCCAAGGGAAUCUCCCCAAUUGCAGAUUUUCUAAAGGAAGACAGAUUCCUUGAAGACAAAGUAGAGCUGAAGAUUUCUGAGCCUAAGAUUUCAGGCCAAACUCCUUGGGUUCCCAUCCCAUUCGGAUGUACCAUCCCAUCCCAUUUCAUGUGCUCGGACACAAUCGUGUUUUGUUGUUGUUGCUGUGAUCACCUAAAUCACAUGUCAAGCUGAGGAUGGACUUGGUGACUCAGGGGCAACUGUCUGGUUGGCUUCAGUCUCGAAGCCCACGUGUGUAUCUGUUUCCUUCCAGGGGGGUGGGGGAACUAGGAGGGACAGAGUUGGAGCAGGAGUGGAUGCUGCACUUAACCAUGGAAUUUUCCCCCUACCUCUGAGCUCUUGAUGCUGCUAAGUCUGUGCCGUGCAUACAACGUGCUCCAGCACCUCUCUCCAGGACUGACGCCUGCUCAGUCUGCGAGGCUCUCCAGGCUGUGUUCUCCGCAUGCACCUGUUCUUCUGGGUAGUUCCAAUCUUCUGGUUUUAUGGAAUUAAAAAAAACCUACUUAUGCCUGUUUGCAUUAUGGUUAAAAAUUAAAAA